UCUUUGCAGCCUAGCCCCGCCCCGCCCCGCGCUCCGGGCGCACCUCCCCAGCCCGCCAGCUCGGGUGUCUGAGCGGCCGCGCCCGCUGGCCGUGCGCUCUGAUUGGCUGUGCCGAGGCGGCGGGCGGCCCACGGGCGCACACACCCUCUCUGUACAGCCAAUGGACGUGCGCGCGUCACUGACCGGGCGGCCCGCGAGCGGCAGCCCCUUCAAUAAGCCACAUUGUUGCACGAAACUCCAGAGCAAGAGUCCCGGGCUGCCGCCGGCAUCGCCGUGUCACGCAGCUAGGAAGAUCUACCGACGGGAGCAUCGCGUACAUUUGUCCAAGAGGUCCGAUCACCCCAGUGGAGCUGGGCUGCGGUUCUUUCCAAGUUGAGUUUAGUGCCCCUGUGGCUUAAGUUAGCGCUUUGACGUAGGGCAGCCAGACACGUUGCCUGGAGUGAUACUUAGCCGCUUUUACCAGUUGUGACUCCAAAGAAUCCCUGUUCCUAGAGCCCCGAGUUCCCACCUAGCCAGGCGCGCUUUCGCCGUUAACCUUCUUCGUGAACUCCCUGCUCCCCGUCGGGCCGCCGAGCCUAGGCACAAAGCGCUCGCGCCUCGGUUUCCCCAAGUCGGCACCGUUUGGCCGCGCAGCAGGAUGAUUGCCUCGCAUCUGCUCGCCUACUUCUUCACGGAGCUCAACCAUGACCAAGUACAGAAGGUUGACCAGUAUCUCUACCACAUGCGUCUCUCUGAUGAGACCCUCCUGGAGAUCUCUAAGAGGUUCCGCAAGGAGAUGGAGAAAGGGCUUGGAGCCACCACCCAUCCCACUGCAUCUGUGAAAAUGCUGCCAACUUUUGUGAGGUCCACUCCCGACGGCACAGAACAUGGAGAAUUCCUGGCCCUGGACCUCGGGGGCACCAACUUCCGGGUGCUCUGGGUGAGAGUGACUGACAAUGGGCUCCAGAAGGUGGAGAUGGAGAACCAGAUCUAUGCCAUUCCGGAGGACCUCAUGCGCGGCAGUGGAACCCAGCUGUUCGACCACAUUGCUGAAUGCCUGGCGAACUUCAUGGACAAGCUACAGAUCAAAGACAAGAAACUCCCUCUGGGUUUUACCUUCUCCUUCCCCUGCCACCAGACUAAGCUCGACGAGAGUUUCCUGGUGUCAUGGACCAAGGGAUUCAAGUCCAGCGGAGUGGAAGGCAGAGAUGUGGUGGCCCUGAUCCGCAAGGCCAUCCAGCGGAGAGGGGACUUUGAUAUUGACAUUGUGGCUGUGGUGAAUGACACAGUUGGGACCAUGAUGACCUGUGGCUAUGAUGACCAGAACUGUGAAAUCGGUCUCAUUGUGGGCACGGGCAGUAAUGCCUGCUACAUGGAGGAGAUGCGCCACAUUGACAUGGUGGAAGGCGAUGAGGGGCGGAUGUGCAUCAACAUGGAGUGGGGGGCAUUCGGAGACGACGGCACACUCAAUGACAUUCGCACUGAGUUUGACCACGAGAUCGACAUGGGCUCGCUGAACCCUGGGAAGCAACUGUUUGAGAAGAUGAUCAGCGGGAUGUACAUGGGCGAGCUGGUCAGGCUCAUCCUUGUGAAGAUGGCCAAGGAGGAGCUGCUCUUCGGGGGGAAGCUCAGCCCAGAGCUGCUCACCACGGGUCGCUUUGAGACAAAAGAUGUUUCCGAUAUCGAAGGGGAGAAGGAUGGCAUUAAGAAGGCUCUGGAAGUCCUGGUACGGCUGGGCCUGAACCCAACCCAGGAAGACUGCGUGGCCACCCAUCGAAUCUGCCAGAUCGUGUCCACGCGCUCAGCCAACCUGUGCGCAGCCACCCUGGCUGCUGUGCUGCGGCGCAUCAAGGAGAACAAGGGCGUGGAGCGGCUGCGUUCCACCGUGGGAGUCGACGGCUCUGUCUAUAAGAAACACCCCCAUUUCGCCAAGCGUCUUCACAAGACCGUGCGAAGGCUGGUGCCCGACUGUGAUGUUCGCUUCCUCCGCUCAGAAGAUGGCAGUGGCAAAGGGGCAGCCAUGGUGACGGCAGUGGCCUACAGACUGGCUGACCAACACCGAGCCCGCCAGAAGACCCUGGAGUCUCUGAAGCUGAACCAUGAGCAGUUGCUGGAGGUCAAGAGGAGGAUGAAGUUAGAAAUGGAGCGCGGUCUGAGCAAGGAGACCCAUUCUGUGGCCCCCGUCAAGAUGCUGCCCACCUACGUAUGUGCCACUCCUGAUGGCACAGAGAAAGGAGACUUCCUGGCCUUGGACCUGGGAGGAACCAACUUCCGGGUUCUGCUGGUGCGGGUGCGAAAUGGGAAGCGGCGUGGUGUGGAGAUGCACAACAAAAUCUACUCCAUCCCGCAGGAAGUCAUGCACGGUACUGGGGACGAGCUCUUUGAUCACAUCGUCCAGUGCAUUGCCGACUUCCUCGAGUACAUGGGCAUGAAGGGCGUGUCUCUGCCCCUGGGCUUCACCUUCUCCUUUCCCUGCCAGCAGAACAGCCUGGAUGAGAGCAUCCUCCUCAAGUGGACAAAAGGCUUUAAGGCAUCUGGCUGUGAGGGUGAGGACGUGGUCAGUCUGCUGAAGGAAGCCAUCCAUCGGCGGGAGGAGUUUGACCUGGAUGUGGUUGCUGUGGUGAAUGACACGGUGGGAACCAUGAUGACCUGUGGCUAUGAAGACCCUCACUGUGAAGUGGGCCUCAUUGUUGGCACGGGCAGCAAUGCCUGCUACAUGGAGGAGAUGCGCAACGUGGAGCUGGUGGACGGAGAAGAGGGGCGCAUGUGUGUCAACAUGGAGUGGGGGGCCUUCGGGGACAACGGAUGCCUGGAAGACUUCCGCACUGAGUUUGAUGUGGCCGUGGAUGAGCUUUCUCUCAAUCCUGGCAAGCAGAGGUUUGAGAAGAUGAUCAGCGGUAUGUACUUGGGGGAGAUUGUACGUAACAUCCUCAUCGAUUUCACUAAGCGUGGGCUGCUGUUCCGUGGGCGCAUCUCAGAGCCACUCAAGACAAGAGGAAUCUUUGAAACCAAGUUCCUGUCUCAGAUUGAGAGUGACUGCCUGGCCCUGCUGCAGGUGCGGGCCAUCCUGCACCGUCUGGGGCUUGAGAGCACCUGUGACGACAGCAUCAUCGUCAAGGAAGUGUGCACCGUGGUGGCACGGCGGGCAGCCCAACUCUGUGGUGCAGGCAUGGCUGCUGUGGUGGACAAGAUACGAGAAAACCGGGGGCUGGACACUCUCAAAGUGACAGUGGGCGUGGAUGGGACCCUCUACAAGCUACAUCCUCACUUUGCCAAAGUUAUGCACGCAACAGUGAAGGAACUGGCCCCCAAAUGUGACGUGUCCUUCCUGGAGUCGGAGGAUGGCAGUGGCAAGGGGGCAGCUCUCAUCACUGCUGUGGCCUGCCGCAUCCGAGAAGCCGGACAGCGAUAGGACCCCUGGCGUCACAAAGGACUGCUGGUUCUCCCCUUCCCCACUUUAAAUUAUAAGAUGUCACCCCCGUGUCAGA